AUCAACCCAUCAGUCCAUCACAACAAUAAGCAAGGAGUGAUAGACGGAUUGUGUUCAUUAUUGAAUUUCAUUUCAUUAUAUCCUGCAGUGCACAGUAUAGCAGCAGCAUCAACUCAUCCCUUUGGGACGCAUCUAAACCCAAAUCAAACCAAGGAGGGAAGCUGAGAGAGGCAUAAAAGUUGGGCGAGUCUUCAAGAAGAGAGAGAUGCGAACCAGUCAGAGAAAAGAAGAGAAAUUAUUCUCUCAUGGGUUUCUUCUUCUUUCUCUACUAUUAGCAUGCUGGUCGUCUCCAGCUCUUGCUCAGAUAGAUCAGGACUUAGAGCAAUUAUCAUCACGGAGUCUUGACCAAGAGCAAUCCGGUGUUCAUGAAGUUCAUUGCUCCAGGGAGAGAAGCCGAGCUGCAUGGAAAGUUAUAGAUGAGUAUUUGCUACCAUUCCUUGAACAAGAAAAGUAUGAGCUCUUAAGAACAUGUAGACUUCAUCCGAGUAAUGACAUUUUCAGAGAACAGGAGGAACACAAGAUUCAUGUGGAUAUAAAUGAUUGGCGCUGUGGAUAUUGCAAAAAAGUUUUCCGAGCUGAAAAGUUUCUUGAUCAACAUUUUGACAAUAGACAUUCUAAUCUUCUAAAUGUUAGUCAUAGCAAGUGCUUGGCAGAUCUGUGUGGAGCAUUGCAUUGUGAUCUUAUGGAACAGCCAAAACCUUGGAAGACAAAAUGCAACCCCGCUGCUGCUGCAAGGAAUCAUCAUUUAUGUGAGGGUCUUGCAAACAGCUGUUUUCCAGUUAACCAGGGUCCAAAAGCAUCUCGUCUCCAUGAGUUGUUUCUGCGCCAGUUUUGUGAUGCCCAUUCUUGCUCGGGCAAGAAAAAACCUUUUCCUAAAGGAGGCAGGAAACAUACAAAUAGAUUCUAUUUGGCAGCUUCAAUUUUAACUUUGAUGCUUCUUCCUUUCUUCUACCUAAUUGUUUACCUUUCUCAAAGAGAAAGAAGGGGAACUCAAAACUUGAGGAGGAUCACAAAAGUUGGGAAAAAGUCAAAGCCUUGGUAGUGGUUACGUACAAAAUGAAACAAAUUUUAGUAAGGAAUAUUACAGAGGAAGAAGAAAUGGAAGGGGCAAAUUAGAUUGUUGAAGGCGCAUUCUUAGCAUGGAAUUUGUUGUAACAUUUCCACAAGCAACCAAAUAACAAAUUUGGUUUGAGAGAUGACAUUUGAGAUUAUGAUAAAGAAUGCUCACUGUAGGGUAAUUCUUUCCUGCUCUUGCAUGUGUCAACUGUCAACUAGUGUGUGUUGUAAUAUUAAAAAAAUUACCAUUUAUGAUGUCAAAAAUAAAGAGCAUGGGCUACUUUCCUCUCAAG